AUGACGUCGAUAGGCACGGGCUACGAUCUCCUCAACUCCAUCUUCUCCCCCGAUGGCCGCAACUUCCAGGUCGAAUAUGCAGUCAAGGCAGUGGAGAAUGGCGGCACUUCCAUUGGUAUUCGAUGCAAGGACGGUGUCGUCCUAGCUGUCGAAAAGGUGGUCGCAUCAAAGCUCCUAAAACCCGGCGCCAACAAGCGUAUCGCUACUGUCGAUAGCCAUCUUGGAGUUGUGUACUCCGGCAUGGUCCCUGAUGGACGUCACUUCGUCGACCGCGCCCGCGACGAGGCUCAGAGCUGGCGACAGAACUUCAGGACCCCCAUUCCUACAUCCGACCUGGCUACCCGCAUGGGCGGCUACCUUCAGGCCUACACCAUGUACGGCUCCGUUCGACCAUUCGGUAUUACCGCCAUCGUCGGUGGUUUCGACACCCCCGAAGAGACUCCCGUUGACGGCGAGGUCGGCUCAGGACCCAAGUGUGGCGCUGGCGGCAAGAUUGAGGGCAAGCAUGGUGGUCCCUUCCUCUACAUGAUCGAGCCCAGUGGUCUGUACUGGGGCUACUACGGUGCUGCGACUGGCAAGGGUCGACAGGCCGCCAAGGCCGAGCUCGAGAAGCUCGACCUGCCCGCCGGCAACAUCACCCUGGAGGAGGCUGUGAAGGAGGCUGCGCGCAUCAUCUACGUGGCGCAGAAGGACAACAAGGACAAGGACUUUGAGCUGGAGAUGACCUGGAUCAGCGGGCCCGACGGUCCCACCAAGGGACGGCACGUCGAGGUGCCAAAGGAGCUGCGGGAGGAGGCUGAGAGAUUAGCAAAGGCCGAGGACGAGCUGGACGAUGAUGAUGAGGAUGGAAAGGAUGACGACAAGAUGGAGGACUAG